AAGGGUGUUUUUUUAAAGGAGGGAAGCAGAAAAGAACAGCUCAAGAUUCUUGGCUCAGCCUGGGCAUAUUUCCUCCUCACUCUGGCUAACUGUCAGCACAAACGCCUAGACAGAGUAGUUGACGUGAACCAGGGAGGGAGGCUGUGGGGCUCUCCACUAGGACUACAGCACAACUUGAAGAGGCUGAAACCAUGCUUUGCCUUUGGGCACUGGCCUUUAUUUUAGUCCUGCAGGAACAAGAUCUUCUAGCUGUUGCAGACCCUGUCAGUGUGUUACCUGGCAGUCUGGGAAGAGAAAGCUGGUGUAAUGAACAUGACACAAUCCACGGACGGUUAGAUGUUAUUGAAGAGAAGGUAAUAAAAACAGUGGAGCAUCUAGAAUCAGAAGUCAAAUCACUCCUCAACAUCAUCAGUGAGACACCGAACAUCCCCAUCGCUCCAGGAACCCCACUUAUAGACAUUUAUGAUGAUACCAGUUGAGCACUGCAAAGACAGAAGACAGCUGGAUGUAACUGGUUGUCAGACAGUUGCACUUUUGUUCAUUUAUUAAGUUUGGUUUUCCAGAAUUUGAGCAGAGAUGAAAAUUCCCCAGCUGUAGCUUGCCUCCUGUGUUCCUGUGCUUUAUAAUAAACAGGUAUUUGCCUUCAGACAUUAUUUCAGAACUUCAUCCUUUAAAUCAUCAGCAGCCCCACUUUACCAAAGCUGCAUUUUGAACACAGCAUUCUCAGUAAAAACUACAACACUGGGUGGGAUGUGGGACUAAGCACAGCUAACAACCUUCCCUUGAUUCAAAACCUUACUCCUUCCCUGGCAAAGCACUGAACUCUCCAUAUUGGCAUAAUUCUGUGAGGAGACACUGUCAUCUGCAAUUUCCUCCCAAGAUAUGCUUAGAUUUGAACUGCUCUGGCUUUCAACAUACAUCAGAUUACUGCCAAUACCAGAAAGAGGAGUCCUAUCUGUGUGUUCUAGUCAGAAUUUGUCAUUUGUAUGCAGAGCCAUCUUACUCUGUACUCUUUUUACUCUUCUCCCUUGCCAUAGUGACAGUGCAAUUCAG